AUGUCACAAUCUGAUGGAUUUGAAUCCGAUAGUGGGGGCUCGUCGAAAUCGUCAGUGGAUCGACGAGGACGAGCGAGCAAAAGACAAUGCUUGAGCACUCCUGACGUCGAUGACGAGACUGACUAUGAAAAUGAGAAAAGUGCCUCAGAUAAAUCUCAAGACAUCGCAUCGCAGCCUUAUAGAAAAGACAAUGAGGAAGAUGCGAACGAGAAACCGAAAUCGAAGUAUAGAAUUCAUAUACCCAAAAAUCCCGAAUUUCCCAAGGAUGCGUUCUUCACGCAACCACCUAACAGAGCGUCUAGUCCAUAUAGAAUUGGUCAAUUCAAUUGGCAGAAGCCGAGUAUUCCAAGACCCUCUCCAAAGGCACAGGAAACCACUAAAAUACAGUCCAAAAGUGAAACGCUUGACAUCCAUCACACCUCUAAUAACCAAGGCACGGUAAAUGGUCGUGCUAGUGGAAACCCUGCUUCUGAUUUAUCAAAGGCAGAGACAUUCGACCUUGACGAAAGCGAUGAGGAUAUGCUCGCUCAACUACCAGCUGAUGCCUUCGAACAGUCUAACUCGUCACACCUGAACUCUGUCGACGUCAGUGACAUGCGAGACAAUAUUUUGAAGCUUGCAGCUCCUGCUUCAAAUCUCAAGCAAACGACUUUGUUUGGAACGCAAGCUCAAUCUGCGCCUUCACAAACACAAUCGAAACGCGUACACAAUUGGCCCAUGGCAAACCGGGAGGAGCCUCUCACACAUCAUCAAAUCGAUCUUGAGGCAAUGAAGACCUGGGUCUACCCCACCAACCUUGGAACCAUCCGAGAUUAUCAGUACAGCAUAGUAGCUCGUGGGCUUUAUCACAAUAUGCUCGUCGCUUUACCGACUGGGCUGGGUAAGACAUUUAUUGCUGCGACCAUCAUGUUGAAUUGGUUUCGGUGGACACUCUCAGCUCAAAUAGUCUUUGUGGCUCCCACACGACCAUUGGUAUCACAACAAGUCAAAGCGUGCUUUGAGAUCACUGGUAUACCGAGAUCAGCUACAACGAUGCUGACGGGUACCAUCCCUCCAGGUCUCCGAACUGAAGAAUGGCGCAGUAAACGAGUGUUCUUCAUGACUCCACAGACCCUGAUUAAUGACCUUAAGACUGGAAUAUGCGAUCCAAAGAGAAUGGUAUUGAUCGUGGUCGAUGAGGCACACCGUGCAACUGGAAAUUACGCCUAUGUUGAAGUGGUCAAGUUCUUGAAGAGAUUCAACUCCAGUUUCCGAGUUCUUGCCCUAACCGCUACCCCGGGUGCAUCCAUCGAGAGCGUGCAAGAAGUUAUUGAUGGGCUGGGUAUUUCUAGAGUUGAGAUUCGAACAGAGGAAUCUUUUGACAUUCGUCAAUACGUGCAUCCACGGAAAAUUGACACGGUAUUAUUCGACAAUUCGGAUGAAAUGCUUAUGGUUAUGGACUUGUUCUCCAAAGCACUUCAACCGAUAUUGGAUAAGCUCAUAGGCAUGAACGCAUAUUGGAGCCGGGAUCCAAUGUCUCUUACACCUUACGGCUGCACUCAAGCUCGGCAAAGAUGGUUUGCGUCAGACGCCGGCCGGAAGGCAAAUCCGGGUCUCAAAUCCAUGGUGAUGACCAUAUUUUCUCUGCUGGCGAGUCUAUCGCAUGCAACUGAGCUUUUAAAAUUCCACGGUAUAGGACCAUUCUAUCACAAGGUUUUGGGAUUCCGGAACCAGGUGCAUGCCAAUGGCAAAGGAGGAGGUAAGUAUGCGAAUCAGAUUAAUGGUAGCCAGCCAUUUCAAACUAUGAUGUCUCGAGCACAAAUCUGGAUCAAUACUCCGGAUUUUGUGGGACAUCCCAAGCUUGAAUAUGUGCAAAGCGUGGCGUUGAACCAUUUUCUUGAUGCUGGAGAGGGGAGAGGCUCCUCUGACCCAGCAAGCACCAGAAUCAUGAUCUUUUCGCAUUUUCGUGAUUCUGCGGAGGGCAUUGCAAGGAUCUUAGGUCGAAAUACGCCAAUGAUCAGACCCCAUGUAUUUGUCGGACAAUCGUCGACGAAGGAAUCUGAAGGCAUGGAUCAGAAGACGCAAUUAGAUAUCAUCCAAAAGUUUCAGAACGGAACAUACAACACCUUAGUCGCAACCUCUAUCGGAGAAGAGGGUCUAGACAUUGGUGAAGUUGAUUUGAUCAUCUGCUACGACGCUUCCGCCUCUCCCAUUCGGAUGCUGCAGAGAAUGGGUCGUACAGGACGUAAACGGGCGGGAAAUAUAACAGUCACCCUCAUGAAAGGCAAGGAAGAAAAUAGCUUUAUAAAAGCAAAAGACAAUUAUGAAAAAAUGCAAGUGGAAAUAGCAUCAGGCGCUCGUUUCAAUUUCCAUGAUGAAGAAUCUCGAAGGAUAGUUCCUAAGGACAUCCAUCCAGCUGCUGACAAGAGAAUCAUUGACAUUCCACUGGAGAACACUCAAGCAGACCUUCCUGAACCGACGAGAAGAGGUAGACCGCCGAAAAGACCGCCGAAAAAAUUUAACAUGCCUGACGGUGUGCGGACUGGCUUUGUCAAAGCCUCCAAGAUCGCUGGUAACAGUGACAGUAGUACCCUCGGUGCCGACGAUGAUAUUCAGUGGAAAACGCGGGCUAGUCCCCCCAGCCCUAUCUCAGUGCCUCUUCUAACCGACGUACUUCUUUCCUCGUCUGAAGAGAAAAUGUUCGAAAGAAAGUACUUGGAUGUUUCAGGAGACGCUUCACAGGUAGUCGAAGCGCCAAGGAUGCACACGUUUCCAAGCCUACAGAGACGUCUUCGGCCAGUCAAGAAUAUACCUCACAGUCACGCUACGGAUAUUGCUACUAAAGCUUUUGACGCCAUGCACAUGAUGACCAUGGAAAGAGCUGCUUCACUGAAGCGUCAAUUGAAGCCUCAGGACUGUAAGAUAGGAGAGGCCCAAGCCGUACAAAGAGCUGUCGCCAUUGCGGCUUGUCAAAGAUCAACAAUUCCUGCAAAAUCAAAACACCGGGGAUCCACAAUCGAUCUUUCCUCGCCAGCGGAACAAAGCUCAGCAGUCGCAGUAACUAAAGACAGGAUUGAUUCCGAUGAGAUUGCAAGUGAUGAAAGUUUAAAUGCUGGGGACGACGAUACGCUUGAUGGGGGUGGUUCCUCGCGGUCACUGCCUUCCCUAUCACUCAACGAUACUGUAGAAUCAACCUUCUUGGCGAGGCAGGAAGCCUUAACUUGCCCGGACCUAGAUGAGGAAUUGCCCGGACUCGCAACAAUAUUUACAGGUCAAAAAGAAAGCAGCAGGAGCUUUGGUGAACGGCGACGGGUUAGACGUGUAGUAGCGGACGAUAGCGACGAGGGAUGA